CUCUGCUGUGCUCUGCUCUGAGGCAGGGUCUGGGGAGGGGAGACCGUUCUGUGGAGGGAGGGGGCCGCAGUGGCCCGGGGUGCAGCUCUCCCGUGGGGGGCUGCUUGGUUCCCGACCAUGGGCAAGGACCAGGAACUGCUGGAAGCCGCUCGCACUGGGAAUGUGGCUCUGGUGGAGAAACUCCUCUCUGGGAGGAAAGGAGGGAUCCUGGGCAGUGGAUCUGGAGCUAUUCCCUUAUCCAGCUUAUUGAGCAUCUGGCGAGGACCAAACAUAAACUGCACUGACAGUUCAGGUUAUACUGCUUUACAUCAUGCAGCUUUAAAUGGACACAAGGAUAUAGUUCUCAAAUUACUUCAGUAUGAAGCAUCAACUAAUGUAGCAGAUAAUAAAGGUUACUUUCCUAUUCACUUGGCUGCUUGGAGAGGAGAUGUAGAUAUUGUGAAGAUUCUCAUCCAUCAUGGACCAUCACACUCCAGAGUGAAUGAACAGAACAAUGAAAAUGAAACAGCACUGCAUUGUGCAGCUCAGUAUGGUCAUUCAGAAGUUGUUGCUGUUCUGCUAGAAGAACUGACAGACCCCACGAUAAGAAACAACAAACUGGAAACACCUCUGGAUCUGGCAGCACUUUAUGGACGUCUGCGCGUUGUGAAAAUGAUCAUCAAAGCCUAUCCAAACCUGAUGAACUGUAAUACAAGAAAACACACUCCUUUGCAUCUUGCUGCUCGUAAUGGCCACAAAGCUGUCGUGCAGGUGCUUCUGGAGGCUGGAAUGGAUGUCAGCUGCCAAACAGAAAAAGGGAGUGCCCUACAUGAAGCAGCCCUAUUUGGAAAGGUGGAGGUAGUACGCAUUUUGCUUGAAACAGGAAUUGAUACCAACAUAAAGGACAGUUUGGGUAGAACGGUUUUGGAUAUACUUAAAGAGCAUCCAUCUCAGCAGUCUCUCCAAAUUGCAGCUCUACUUCAAGAAUAUAUGGAAACAGGAAAUGCAAGCAUUUCAGAGGAAUGCCCACUGGAAUGUGCAGAACAUCAGUCUUGCGUUUUGUCCCCAGAAGUUCCUCCAUCUCCAAAGGCUAAAAGUGAAGCUGUGACUGGAGAAUUAUCAAAGCUCUUAGAUGAAAUCAAAUUGUGCCAAGAAAAGGAAUACUCUUUUGAAGAUCUGUCUCAUACACUAUCAGACCAUUAUCUGGAAAAUUUUAGUAAAGUAUCAGAGGAAGAUCUUAUGACCAGUGGAAGCCAAACCAAGCUUAAUGUAAGGCCUUCUUCAAUGCGUUUAUCACCAAGGGAGGAAGAAGAUGAUGAUACAGCUGAAAAUACUUGUGGACCUUCUGGUUUAUGGGAGGCACUGACACCUUGUAAUGGAUGCAGGAACCUCGGAUUUCCCAUGCUUGCACAGGAAUCCUAUUCAAAGAAGAGAGGUUAUGCACUGGAAGCAAUACCUUCUGUACCUCUGGAUGCAGUUCCUUCAGAAAAUGACAGCAGUCUUUGUGAUUCCAUAGACGUAGCAGUCACCAAAAAACCUUGUUCCCUAGAGAUAGCAAGAGUUCCUUCCUCAAGACCAGAUAAUGCACCUCAGGUAGCAAUUACCGCACCAGGAUCUGGUAACCAUAGAAACAGCUCCACAGGCCCAACACCUGACUGCUCUCCUCCAUCACCAGACACUGCACUUAAAAACAUAGUGAAAGUCAUACGUCCUCAGCCAAAGCAACGUACAUCCAUAGUAUCUUCUCUGGAAUUUCACCGAAUGAAUCACGGCCACAAUUAUUUUGAAAUCAACCCAACCAUUGGCUGUGCAAGUUUUAUUUCUACUCCUGCAAUCAGUCCAGCUAAUUAUUCCUUUGGAUCUCUGGAAUACAGUCUUGAAGAGAAAGAACUUACAGAGCAACGUAGCCAGGGUGAAACAUCCACUGAAAGUGAGCUUCCUGAAGGACACCCUGCUGAACAGUUUGCAGGUUUACUUCAUGGAUCAUCACCUGCAUGUGACCCACCUGAAAAUCCACUGCAGCUGUACAGCAAAGUAAACCUGUGCAGUGGGCCACUGGAGAAAAGCAUUUUGAGCAAGAGCGCAGCGCAGCAGAUACAGCUACGGAAAGAGAGCAGCUCUGAUCCUCCUGUUAAGAAAAAAGAGCCACCAAUUGUAAACAGAACCAUAUUUCAUACUAAGAAUAAACCAGCAGAAAAUCAUACCCUGCUUGGUGCACCACGGAUCAGUGAACAAUGGGUAAUUACCACUGGAGGAUUUGUGGAGCGAGCGUGCACACUGGGCAGAAUACGAUCUUUACCAAAGACCUUGCUGGAAAUGCAUUUGUGCAAAAAUGUUUCAAAAUCUGAUUCUAAUCUUAUCACCCAUCCACCAAAUGAUAAAAAAGCAAGAAGCAAUUGGAGUGAACCCACGCCAAAGCCACAGUGCUCCAAAGGGAAUUCGGAGAGAACACCUUCUUUCACAUCAGAGUGGGAAGAAAUUGAUAAAAUCAUGAGUUCAAUAGAUGCUGGAAUUAAUACUGGACUGGGGGAAAUGAAAGAUCACGCUACAAGACCCCGAUGCCCUGUCCAGACAGUGGGACAAUGGUUGGAAAAUAUUGGGCUACCUCAGUAUGAAAACCACUUGCUGGCUAAUGGAUUUGACAAUGUGCAAUUCAUGGGAAGCAACGUGAUGGAGGACCAGGAUCUCCUGGAAAUAGGAAUCCUUAACUCUGGGCACAGACAGAGAAUACUCCAAGCAAUCCAGCUUCUCCCAAAGAUGAAGCAGAUCGGUCACGAUGGUUACAACCCCUCCUCUGUAGCUGAAUGGCUGGAUUCCAUUGAACUGGGUGACUAUACCAAAUCCUUUCUAAUUAAUGGCUAUACAUCGAUGGACCUUGUGAAAAAAAUAUGGGAGAUUGAAUUAAUUAAUGUCUUAAAAAUUAGCUUGAUUGGCCACCGGAAGCGUGUUCUGGCAUCUUUGGGAGACAGGCUUCACGAAGAUCCUCCUCAGAAACCACCUCGGUCAAUAACCCUCAGGGAACCCAGUGGUAACCACACUCCUCCUCAGUUGUCUCCAUCACUUAGCCAAAGCACUUUCACUACUGGUGGCUCCCUGGACGUUCCUCACAUUAUCAUGCAGGGCGAUGCAAGGAGAAGAAGAAAUGAAAACUAUUUUGAUGAUAUUCCCCGGUCAAAGCUGGAGAGGCAGAUGGCACAGACAGGAGACUGGGGAGAGCCUUCAAUUACCUUGCGACCUCCAAAUGAAGCCACAGCAUCAACGCCUGUACAGUAUUGGCAACAUCAUCCAGAGAAACUCAUCUUCCAGUCAUGCGAUUAUAAAGCCUUUUAUUUAGGUUCUAUGCUGGUAAAAGAGUUAAGAGGCACAGAGUCAACACAGGAUGCAUGUGCAAAGAUGAGGAAGUCUACAGAACAGAUGAAGAAAGUACCAACCAUUGUCCUGUCUGUCUCUUACAAGGGAGUCAAAUUUAUUGAUGCCACAAAUAAGAAUAUUAUUGCCGAACAUGAAAUCCGUAACAUUUCCUGUGCUGCACAAGACCCCGAGGACCUUUCUACGUUUGCGUACAUCACUAAAGACUUGAAGACUAAUCACCACUACUGCCACGUAUUCACUGCGUUUGAUGUGAAUUUAGCUUAUGAAAUCAUUCUUACACUAGGACAAGCAUUUGAGGUGGCCUAUCAGCUUGCACUACAGGCACGAAAAGGGGGUCAUUCUUCAACCCUCCCCGAAAGCUUUGAAAACAAACCCUCUAAACCUAUUCCCAAACCACGCGUUAGUAUUCGGAAGUCAGUGGAAGAAGAAGGCAGCCAUGAGUACAUGGGAGUGUAGACACCACCAUACUUGCUGCUGUACGACUUUGUCAAUUCGGGAUUUGCCCUGUUAGUUUAAAGAAAAACCCUCUGCUCAAGCUGCCGUGCACGGAGAUGGUAACCCGUCUGUAUGUUUGCAUUUGUCUUAAAGCAGAUAGAUCCAUCCGAACAAAAGACUCUUGCGAAUCUACCCUGGAUUGUUGAACCUGGACAAGAGGCCAAAAGAGGCAUUAAUACCAAGUAUGAAACUACAAUUUUCUGAUACAAAACUGUCCCCCUGUUCCUUGUUGUGCCUUGCACGCCAAGCAGUCACAGCACAGCCUUUCCUUUAUGGCAACGUUUCAAUCCAGCAGAGAGGAAGACUGCACUGUAUGAGUGGCCUUGUAACUAACAAAAAAGGCUGACAGUCAUUUCUGGUGAUGUUCUUCUUCCUGCAGCACUGACUGAAGAAUGAUUCUAUAUGAAGACUUUUAAAUUUAAAGUCCACAAGAGGAGUGAGAAACCUUAUUUUUCGUGCAGUUCUCCCUUGUGACUCUGCCACAGUGCUUUCUUUGAUUUCUUAUUUUAGAAUUCUACUUUUUAAAGAAAAAAAACCAAAAUGUCUCUAAACUAAUACUAAUGCUGCCUACGACUAGAGUAUUUGAUUGGGUUUUUUAUUUAAAUCUUGGCAGUUUUUAAUUGAAGUAGAACCAGAAUUAAUAAAUAGAUUAUUUGUGAAACCACUGAAUUCAUUAAUAAUUACUGUGUUGAAUAAAGAAUUCAUUAAAGUGACAAGAAAUUAGGCACCCUGAUUUCUGUGUGCACUGAUUUUAUAUGUAAUCAUUGAUGUCCUUUGAUCCUCUACAGAAAUAAGAACCUCUUGCAUUGUAGCAAAGGAUCAGAGUUUUAUGAAUGGUUAGAAAAAGGUAUUAAUAAUGCACAGAAAACAUUUAUUAGAUAUUUUUAUGGAAGAGAAGUACUAUAGGAAAACAUAUGAAUAUUUAUGGGAGGAAGCCAGAUUAAUUAUGAGAAAUAUUGUUUAUUUUAAAGUUAAGUAAAUGACUGCUAUUGCAGCAUUAUGAAAAUUAUAAGAGUUGUAGCAUCAGUGCACUGGAUGUUCUGUGUGAUCAGUCUGGAAUGAAAGUGGAAUGGUCAUUCUACUACACCUACAUAUAGUUUAUGCAGUUCAACAUUGCUAUAGCCAUGAAUUCUAAUAGUAUUUUUAAAAAAAUAAUCUCAGUGGUUCUAAAAAAAGUCAAAACCAUGGAUUUUGCUAUCAAGAUUUCUGUCACAGAAAGCUUGUUUGGAAGAGUGUUGAUAAAAUUCUACUGCAAAACAUUUUCUAAAUAAAAACAGCAAGAAAAAGAAAAAAAUUCCAAAGUAAUAAAAAUGUUUUCAUGUAACAAAAUAAUUAAGCAUUUGCUUAAUAUUUGGUUAAAUGAGAUUUACUUACUUUUUCUUUAAAGUGUUUUAAUUUUUUUAAUGUCUGUGGAGUAUUUGUAUAAUACCAUGGUGUAUAUUUAUGUAGAACUGAAAUUAUAACAGUAAAAAUAUCAUUAUAGGAGAAAAAUGACAUUUUAACGUAUAUUGUUCUUUCCAGUCAAAUUGUGAAUCAUUUUGAAGUUCAUUAUAGAGAUAUUGAUAAA